GUUGGCUAAUGCUACUAGCAUGUUGUUUAGCUAGCCUUGCAAAAUUGCUACAAUUUGGCAACAAUAAUACGACCACAUAUUCACUAUUUACAUAUCUUAGAUGCAUGUCGGGUAUUGUUCUCGAUAUGUGGUGUUUUGUAUAUCACUGGAUAGGUUCUCAUUUUUAAAGGUUUAAAGGAGCUAUUUAAACGUUGCUAAAGAAAAUAGAUGGCGACCUGCGCAGUUGCGAUGGCGUGUGUUUACUAUCGCAUUGAGCUACCUCGACAGCUCCCUUCCAGUUGAAGGAAAUGGGUGAAUUUUUGAGAAUUAAAUGUUUACAUAGGCACAAAUUUUAAAUGUGAAUCUGUUAAUAAUGAAAGUUAUCUUAUGAAACAUUCAUAUAAUGAAAGAUAAAUAUAGCUUUGUGUUUCUGCUUCUCGGCUAAUUGGAUUAUACAUUACAAAUAAUGUCAGAACUGUAUUGUGUUAUAACACGAUUAGGAACAAAAUACUGCUUUAAAUGCAGAAUUUACGGGUAUCGUUCAAUAUUUAGUGAGGUUUUAUUGACACAAUACAUGUACGAGAGAGUGUAGUCGCCCGUUAGAAACUAGCGGUGGGCAGCUUAUUGCUGAAUCACUAUGACUUUAUGAAAUGGUCACAUCGGUUUACAACGACGCCUCGUGGUAGGACAGACGUUUUUGAGUGUAAGGUCACUUCCCACGCAUUUCGGGAAACAGUAAGGUCAAGGAUCCACCAUAAACUCACCAGAGCCUUUAUUUAGAACAAUAAUUAUAAUCCAGUCUAGACGUCUGUUAGAGCUGAGUCAUUCUAUUUGACAUCAGUUCUUGUUGUAAUCUCGUUCCUUAUCCUAAUUAGAGGAAGGGGGUUUUAUUGUUAAUGAUUGUAACAACACAUGAUAACCUACAUCAGACGCAAGAAUAACUUCUAAAAUAACACUCAAAACAUAGCUGCCACUUGUCCUGAAUAGAUCAAAUAUUAAAAUGUAAAAGAGAUCCUCCAAAUACCAAGUUUCACAUGCAAGAGUCCAACCCAGCCAGUGGAGGCUCCUCAGAGGAGGAAGGGCAGGACCAUCAUCCUCAGUGAAUUUCGUGAAAAUAAAUGGAAACAUUAAAGUUAACCCUUUUAGAUAAAACUAUACUAAAUAUAUUCAUGUCACCAAAUAAUUAAUUAAAACACACUGUUUUGCAUUGAAGGUCUACAGUUGCCUCAGCAGCACUAGGGUAGCACCAUGGUGUAGCCGGAAGACAGUUAUAUUCCUUCGUCCUCUGGGUACAUUGACUUCAACACAACCUAGAAGGCUCAUGGUUCUCACCCCCUUCCAUAGACCUACACAGUAAUUAUGACAACUUCCAAACCGAUCAGAGCUCCUGCAGCAUGAACUAACUAGCAUGUUGUCCACCCAAUCAAAAGAUCUGAGAAUGAAUCUAGUACUGAAAGCUAGAGCUAGCUAGCACCGCAGUGCACAAAAUGCGGUUAGUAGUUGAUUGAAAGAGAGACCAAUAGUUGAACAAAUGUUUAAAUUGUAACUUUUACUGAGCAAGAGAAUGCAGCUCGCUAAUUUUAGCCUACUCAAACACCCAGCUCAAAAAGAGAGGGAUGCUAUGUUAGCUAGCUGGCUAUCAAAUACUGGAACUCUUCCAAGUCCAGACCGUCUAUAAAUCUGUGUUUAUUGGUGUCGGAGACACAGGAUAAGGCCAGAUCAUGACGUCAGAAAGAAGCAGCAAAGCCCUGAAGGUAAAGCGGGAGUGUGGUGAGAACGUUCCGGUGUUGUCGGACAGCGAGCUCAUGUCCCUGUCUGUACGGGAGCUCAACUUGCACCUGCGGGGUCUGUCCCGCGAGGAGGUCCAGAAGCUCAAGCAGCGCCGGCGCACUCUGAAGAACCGAGGCUAUGCUGCCAGCUGCCGGGUGAAGCGAGUGUCCCAGCGCGAGGCCCUGGAGCAGCAGAAGAAGGAGCUCCAGAGGGAGGUGGAGAGGCUGGGUGUGGAGAACGCAGGGAUGAGGAGAGAGCUGGAGGGCCUAGGGGCCAGGCUGGCAGCCCUGCAGAGGUUUGCCCGUGGGUUAGAGUCUGGAGGGGGCAACCUCCUGGCUACAGCCCCACGCCUCAACACAGCCUCUGUCAUUACCAUAGUGAAGACCCCGCCACAGGCCCACGUCCAGAGAGAGCAGGGGGGGUCCUAGGAGGAACCAACCGGGCUGGGGACGGACAAACGCUUGUACAUGUACUCUCGUAUACACAGGCACGUACAUACACUCUCAUAUAUAUAUCACACACACACAGCUAGACACAUGCACGCUUGGAGAGAGCAGGAGGAUUGGAGGAAUAGGACAAAUAGGCACUUAUGAAGCUCAUGCGCUUCGGGUGACACACACACAGACGUACGGUGUUCACAGGCAGUGACAAAUAGUCUCUAAACCCAGCCAACACACACUCAGACAUGCGUGAACUUAAGGAAACACGACGGUUGACGAAUCCAACUAAAGCACGACAGACGUGCAAAACAGGGACACAGACACCAUCUGUGGACAAAGCCAGUCUUGCUGCUGGUGCUCUCUGUAACUGCUACUCAACAGGCCGAGCCAGCUAUUGCUCUGCCUUCUGGCAUGGCAUCCAGCCCUGCUACACAAUGUCUGGGUUAAUCAGACUCUUCCACCGCUUCUUCUAAUGCUUUGACUUUUAAAUGGCAUCACUAUUGACAUCUGUACACGUCUUGGAGUGUUGUUCCUCUGUACUUCUAGUGUGCCGAUACUAUUGUGCUUCACUGUGCUGCCGUGUGUAGUGGUUACAUGGGUGUUUUCAACUGUACCACAGUGCACAUUUUGGUUUGCUAUAAAAAUUAAAAAACAUCCUUUGCUUGUCUCUAGAUUCCCCAACUUGCAGAAGUUGGUCAUUGCUGGAAACAGUUGAAUAAUCAACAUCUUGUAGAAUGCUAUGUCAAUGCAAAAAUCAAUUGAUGCAUUCCUUUAUCUGUUAUUUUAUAAUGUUUAUACAAGAGACAAAUGUUUGAGCAAACGUUUAUUCAGAGGUAUUCUAUUUUAUGUGUAUUUAAAGGAUAGAUAUUACAAAGCUAAUGAGUGCUGUGAUGUAAUGUAUGUUUCAAAUACCUGGAUAUGACUAGUUUGGGGAAAUUCUCAAGUCUAAUUGUUGUAUGGAGUGUGACAAUUAUUUUUGUAAUGUUUAACUUGUAAUGAGCUGUUUUAGAUAUGCUAAAAGCCAACGGUCAUGUUGCUGUAAGAUGAUUUUAGUAUGUGUGUACACCAUAUUUGUACUAAUUUCAUAGUGAGUCGUGUGGCUUGUUGUAGGGAUACUAUUUUUCUAUAAAGUACCAAGGUGAUUGCGAUGAUACGUAUUGUUAUUUAUGAUAAUUAUUAUUUUAUGUUUUGUUUUCUGAAAUGGCUCGAAAGGGAGACAAACACUGUAAGGAGAAAAAAGAAGGAAAAUAAUGGUAGGAGGAAAUGAGAGGAAAAAGAGAUGGAUAUGAAGAAAAGAUGUGGUGGUAGAGAGGAUUUGGGAGGUGAAUGAGGAGGUCAAAGAGAGAGGACAGAGAUGAGGUGGUGCUUAAUUCACCUGAAAGCCUUGUAACAUCCAGAUUUAUCAAUAAACCCCUGCUGACUCCACUAGACAGUUUGAUUCGACAUUCGGAAAUGAAUGGCAAUAUACAUUUAAUCUGUCAAUAAUAUGACUCAUUAUAUUGUGUUGAUUAAUACUCCCUUAAGAUAUACUUAGCUAUCUUCUCAAUAUCAAUGUUGCAUAGCAUUUAUCCUCUGUCUCAUAUAAGAUUAUUAAUGUCAAAUUGUGCUGGAUAUUUUGUACAGCAAAACUAAAAUGGUCUGUAUUUAUUACAUGUAUUUUUUCUAUGGUGAAAAUUAAGUACAUUGUCUAUUUUAUAUAUUAACUGAAAUAAAUGUUGUAUAUAUUGUGAAUACAA